AUGGAACUCGACAAAGAUAUUCAAACAACUCCGAAGGGGUUUCAUUGCAAUUUAUGUGAUGUCAACAUACCCAACAAACCGAGUCUGGAUAGUCAUGUCAAGGGAAAGAAGCACCAGCAUCUCAAUAGACUACGUGAAAAGCGACAUACACAAGCGGAGAACAGUGUCUUUGUCAGCGGGUUUAAAUCAGAUGUUUCGCCAAGUCAGCUGGAGAGUUAUUUCCAGCAGUUUGGAACCGUGUCUGAUGUUAUCAUGGACAAGGAAAAGGGAGUGUAUGCCAUCGUGGAGUUCAGCGAGGCUGAAAGCGCGCAGGUGGCAUUGGGUCAACAGAUGCAUCAGCUCGAUGGAGUCAAACUGCGCGUAAAACCUAGAGAAAGGAAGGAGUUCAAACUAGCACCCAAGAGAAAACAGGACUCCAAAAACCCUCAGAUUAGCCUGGAGAAACUGAGUUAUGAGAUCUGCCAAGCUUCAUCCGUGAAUGAGCAGAUGCAGCAAGUGGUGGAGAAUUUCCAGCUAAAUGAGAACGAAAGGAAAGUGAGAGAACUUUUGGUUCAGUUGCUACAAGAAGUAUUCACUGAAUUUUUACCAGACUGUUGCAUCCUGGCAUUUGGAUCCUCUGUUAACACAUUUGGGGUCCAUUCUUGUGAUCUGGAUCUGUUCCUGGAUUUGGAAAACACUAAAGUUUUCCAGGCCCAAGCAAAGACCUCCUCUGAACAAACAGGGGAGUGUGUGUCAGAGGACGGUCGUUCUGAAGACUCUAUCCUGUCUGACGUCGACCUGGCCACCGCCACUCCGGCCGAGCUCCUAGACCUGGUGGGGGCUAUUCUCAGGAAGUGUGUUCCUGGGGUUCACAAGGUCCAGACUCUGCCCUCUGCCAGACUGCCUGUGGUCAAGUUUAGCCACCGAGAGCUCGGCCUGCAGGGUGACAUCACCAUCAACAACAGACUGGCGGUGAGAAAUACCCGGUUCUUGCAGCUCUGCUCCGGCCUGGACUCUAGACUGCGACCUCUGGUUUACACCAUUCGAUACUGGGCCAAGCAGAAACAGUUAGCUGGUAACCCAUUCGGCGGUGGACCACUGUUGAAUAACUACGCGUUGACCCUGCUGGUCAUAUUCUAUCUUCAAAACAGAGAUCCUCCUGUCCUUCCAUCAGUGGAGCAACUAAAGGACUUGGCAUGUGAGGAGGAAGUGUGCGUAAUUGAAGGAUGGGACUGUACCUUUCCCAGUCAGCCCAUCAGUGUACCUCCCAGUAAAAACACAGAGGACCUGUGUACUUUGCUGGCUGGGUUCUUCUCUUUCUACAGUCAGUUUGAUUUCUCUGGUUCUGUCAUUUCUUUGAGAGAGGGCCGAGCUCUUCCUAUCACCGACUUCCUCAGCAAGGAAAAGGAAGCGCUUCAAAAUGCAGAGGGGGUCCAGGGAACCGAGGCCAACCCCAAACCUGUAACUGGCCCCAAACUUGGGCCGAUGAACAUCCUCGACCCUUUUGAGCUCAGUCACAACGUAGCGGGGAACCUGAACGAGCGAACGCAGAAGGCCUUUCAGAGGCAGUGUGGAGAGGUUGAGAAGUACUGUCGCAGUCUGCAGUAUCAGCAGAAAUCCACCAAGGGCAAGUCCUGGGGCUUAGUGCGUCUGUUUGCUCCGAGAAACGAGGGCGGGGUCCAGUCUCAGGAUGGGACAGAGAAGCCUCUGGAAAUCAGUAUCCCCUUCAGAGCGACGGGGCUGCCCGAGUCCGUGCGGGCUUCACUAGGCUCGGCCGGCGAAGGAUUUAGGGGCAUCUGGUUCAGGAAGGUGUGCUCAGCUGUGGAGACUGUCUUUGAGAAGGUGCUGCAGUGCACACCCACCCAGGCCACAGCUGUCGGUCAAAAUCUAAACAAAGCAGAGAGACAGACAGAGGAAGUGAACAAUAACCAAAAAUCUCCCUCAUUAUCCGGUAAUGUUGAGCACAGAUCUGAACAGCUAAAAAGACCCCUUUCCACAGAGGAGGGCGUCUCCAUAGUCAACUCCUCGCAGUGUAAGAGGCAGAGACUGGACACAGAUGCAGAGAACCCACAGUCCGCUCACUGGACCUGGGCACAGAGACACAGGGUCUGGGCUGGCCGACGGAAGGUGAGGAGGGACCUGCUGAAGAAGAGCGAUGAGGAGUUGACUCCCGAAGGAGACAGGGUUGACACUGAGAGCAGGGUCACUCAGAACAUAGUUGAAAGAGAGACAGACCCGCAGGCCCUGUUGGAGUUCGGGGUCGACGCAGAGGUGGUGGGAGGGAAUGAAAGUACCAGGGCAGUGUUCAAAUUCAGCAAUAUCAGUGACCGUCUGGGACUUUUUCAAGACUUCUUCCAUUUUUUGGAGUCUUUUCUGCCCAAAAUGGCAGAAGAAUUGCUGGGGAAGAUCGAGUAG